AUGCUGACAGGCGUUGGAAAGGUCCUCGGCCUGUGGCGGAUUGCUUCCAUCACUGACUCUGACACGCAUCCCGUGAAAAAGGCCGUGCCCUUCUCUGUGACGUGCUACGGCCUCCUCGCCGGGCUGCUGGGGGAACCAUAUCCCGUGAAAAAGGCCGUGCCCUUCUCUGUGACGUGCUACGGCCUCCUCGCCGGGCUGCUGGGGGAACCAUGUGAGCUAACGUGCCAGGACUACCAGGGCGGCCGCCUGGCGGGUGACCUCUGCGAGGACCUGUGUGUGGCGGGGACGCUGAGGUACCGGCGUUGUCUGUACUAUGAGGGGGGCAAGAAGGUGCUGCGGGCGGACUGGCGCGGCCGCCCCGUCAUCCUCAAGUCCAAGGAGGAGGCCUUCACCAGCUUCCAGCCGCCUGGCCUACUGGAGGACCCGGCCGGGGACGGGGGACAGGGCCUCCCCGAGGCAGAGCUGCUCCUGCUGGUGGCCGGGGAGGCCAGAAGCGCCCUGGGCCUGGAGCCCAUGGGCAGCCUGGGACCGCUGUGGCCGGGGCGCCCGGGUGCGCACCGUCGGGGCCAGCUGGCCAGCCUGUGGUCACUGGCACAGCAGGAGGAGUUCGUGCUGCUCAGCUCCCUGCGUGGGCUCAGCCCGCAUGCCCUGCCUGUGCUGGGCUCCUGCGGCCACUUCUACGCCGUGGAGUACCUGGCGGCCGGCAGCCCCCAGCACCGGGCGCUCUUCCCCCUGGACGGGGCCUCGCGGGGCCAGGCCCAGGCCGUGGGUGACAUGGCGCUCAGCUUCCUGGACCUGGUGAGACAUUUCGACAAUGACUUCUCCCACCCCCUCCACCUGUGCGACGUCAAGCCCGAGAACUUCGGCAUCCGGAGGGACUUCACGGUGGUGGCUAUCGACGUGGACAUGGCCUUUUUUGAACCUAAAAUGAGGGAAAUCCUUGAGCAGAAUUGCACAGGGGAUGAAGACUGCAAUUUCUUUGACUGUUUUUCAAAGUGUGAUUUGCGAGUCAACAAGUGUGGUGCACAGAGAGUCAACAGCAACCUGCAGGUCGUCUGUGACAAAAUCUUCCGACACUGGUUCCCCUCCGCUCUCCAGGGCUCUGCCAUUUCCUCCCGGCUCCAGCGACAAUUGCGGGAGGCUGUGCAGGAGUGUGCAGACCUGGGCAGCCCCCCAAGAGCAGCCCCCACCAUGUUCUGGAAGCUUCGGGGCCUCCUCCAAGCUGCACUGAGGGAACUGCGGGCGGCGGAGGAGUAG